GUACUGCCAGCGCUGCGGUCCUUCUGUGUGUUUUGCUGCCUGGGCAUAUUUGCCCUGUUCCUGUUGGCGGCGACAUUUUACGUCGGCUGUAUUGCUUUGAGUGCUAAGAGACGUGAUGAUGACAGAAAUGCAUGUAUAUGUUGCUACAGGCACAAUGCUUACUAUCAGCCAAACGAAUGCAGUAAAACAGAAUUAUUUGUCGCAGCAAUGAAGAAGUUUUACGCACCAAAUUUGAUGCGUUUACCAGUAAAGAUAGCAACUAUGAUUGUGACUGCCAUCUUCCUGGGCUUCGGUAUUUGGGGUUUUGUGGAGCUGAAGCAUGAGAAUAACUCCAUAUGGUUUAUCCCAACGGACUCCUAUCCCUACAAGUAUGACGGUGCCAGUAAUGAAUACUUCAACACAGGGGCUCGAGCGGCAGUCUACUGUAAGAAUAUUGAUUACUUUUCUAGUAAGACCCAGUUUGACUCCCUGUACACUCAGCUAACUGGUAGCAGUGACAUAUCCUCAGGGACAACAGAUAGCUGGUUCAAGUCCUUCACAGACUGGCUCAGCUCUACCUCUACAGCCUCCGUCACCUCCAGACUGGACGCCAAUAAAUAUCCAAGUUCCUCUGUAAAUUUCUACGACCUGUUAUAUGAGUUUGUGACGACUGAGGCUACAGGACUGCGUCACAGGAGCGAACUGGUGUUCACCAACAAUUCAGGAGUCCUUGGCCUGUCUGCAUCCUUCAUUAAAUACACACACAUCGUGUUAACCGACUCGUCUAGCAAAAUUAAAGCUAUGGACGACACUAUGGGCAUCGUGUCGGGACUCUUCCCCAAUGACAAUUGUUUCGCCUAUGGAAGAUUCUACUUACGAUGGUACACAAACAAGGUUAUCCAGAUGGAGUUGUACAGGAACCUGGCACUAGCUGCUGUCUGUGUGUUUAUUGUAUGUCUCGUACUUAUCGCCAACCUCUUCACCAGCCUUAUGGUCCUGUCCUGUGUCCUCUUUACACUGUUGGACGUAGGAGGGAUGAUGCACUUCUGGGGGUUGACCAUUGACACGGUGACCAGUAUCAUCCUUAUCCUGGCUAUAGAUCUGGCUAUUGACUACUCGGCACACAUCGGCCACUAUUUCAUGACUUUCACUGGAGACCGGAAUUCCCGAGUUCGUGGCACUCUUGUUGAAAUGGGAAGCCCAGUGUUUAGUGGGGCCUUCAGUACCUUCUUGGCUUUCAUCCUUCUUGCCCUCAGUAACAGUUAUGUGUUUACCACGUUUUUUAAGGUUUUUCUACUGGUGGUGGUGUUUGGAGUGUUCCACGGACUUGUAUACCUGCCAGUUCUCCUCAGCUGGAUAGGACCCCAGUCUUAUCAGGGUGUUGAACGUGAGGAGGAAGGCUCAAGGGUCGUGGAACUGUCAGUUACUUCUAGUGACAGCAACCAUAAACCAUCUCUACAUGGAGAAGUAAACCCAGCAAUGGAAAAUGAGUGUAGUAAUUGA